AUGGACAAAGAAGAAGAGAAUAAGGACAGUGGGGCAGAGAGUGAGGCAGAGAGUGGGGAUGAGAGUGAGGCAGAGAGUGGGGCAGGGAAUGGGGCAGAGAGUGGGGCAGGGAAUGGGGCAGAGAGUGGGGCAGGGAAUGGGGCAGAGAGUGGGGAUGAGAGUGAGGCAGAGAGUGGGGCAGAAAGUGGGGACCAGAGUGAGGCAGAGAGUGGGGAUGAGAGUGAGGCAGAGAUUGGUGCAGGGAAUGGGGCAGAGAGUGGGGCAGGGAAUGGGUCAGAGAGUGGGGAUGAGAGUGAGGCAGAGAGUGGGGCAGAGAGUGGGGACCAGAGUGAGGCAGAGAGUGAGGCAGAGAGUGGGGAUGAGAGUGAGGCAGAGAGUGUUGCAGGGAAUGGGGCAGAGAGUGGGGCAGGGAAUGGGGCAGAGAGUGGGGCAGGGAAUGGGGCAGAGAGUGGGGAUGAGAGUGAGGCAGAGAGUGGGGCAGAGAGUGGGGAUGAGAGUGAGGCAGAGAGUGGGGAUGAGAGUGAGGCAGAGAUUGGGGCAGGGAAUGGGGCAGAGAGUGGGGACCAGAGUGAGGCAGAGAGUGGGGAUGAGAGUGAGGCAGAGAAUGGGGCAGAGAGUGGGAAAGAGAGUGGGCAGAGUGGGAAGAGAAUGAGGCAGAGAGGAGGGCAUAUAGUAGGAAAGAAAAUGGGGCAGAGUAUGAAAGAGAAAUGGGCAGAGAAUUGGGCAGAGAGUGGGGCAGAGAGUAAAGCAAAGAGUAGGGAAGAGAAAUGCCCAAUGCCAGACUCUGUCGAAAGCUUUCUUGAAAUCAAUAAAGACAUGGAAAAAGAUUCUGUUGGUAUUGAAGGUGUUUCUCGCAGAGACUUUGCUGGGAUGGCUAAUGAGGCUGAUGGUGCGGUGGUUUUGACAGAGUUAUAA